UUUUCAUGCCAGUAUGUAAGAGCAGAGAAAGAACCGUAAACAAAGGCGAAACGAGCACAAUCUUUUCAGUUGGAAAGCUUUCUUUGCAAUAACGAGCAGGUUGGUAGUUGCUCCGGAGGCCGACAUUCCCGCAGCCAAUGCCUCCACCAUGCACCAUUACUGUGGGCGGCAUUAGCAUGAAAUCUGUGAUGAGUUUAAGUUCGUAGUACUUUCAAUAAUGUUCAGCCGCCGACACCUUCUGUGGAUUGAUGUAUUGACACUGACUGAGCAACUCCGACCAUAGCCGUCAGUUCCAUCCGCAUUUGUGGCUACAAACAGAACCAUUGGCAUUCCAGCUGUUGCGCCCACCCCUGGAGCUAAUGGCGGCAUUGCAGCUGGAGCCGGUGCCCCUAAAACGGUGGGUGGUUGUGUGCCGCUGGGAUUACCACAACCUUUGCUGCUCGAGGAGAAGAAAUUUCUGCUGGCUGUCGAGCGUGGCGAUAUUCCAAAUGUGCGCAGAAUACUACAGAAGGCGCUGCGACGCCAUCACAUCAACAUCAACUGUAUGGACCCGCUAGGCAGACGGGCUCUCACUCUGGCUAUUGACAACGAGAACUUGGAGAUGGUAGAGCUGCUUGUUGUGAUGGGCAUCGAGACAAAGGAUGCGUUGCUGCACGCCAUCAAUGCGGAAUUCGUUGAAGCUGUGGAGCUACUGCUCGAACAUGAGGAACUCAUCUACAAAGAAGGAGAGCUGUAUAGCUGGCAAAAAGUGGACAUUAACACCGCCAUGUUUCCCCCAGAUAUAACACCUCUAAUACUGGCUGCACAUAAAAAUAACUUUGAAAUCCUACGCAUCUUACUAGAUCGUGGUGCGGCGGUCCCCGUCCCACACGACAUACGAUGCGGCUGCGAGGAGUGCGUGCGCCUCUCCAGUGAGGAUUCGCUUCGUCACUCCCUAUCGCGCGUCAAUAUUUAUCGUGCGCUCUGCAGUCCUUCUCUUAUUUGUCUGACCUCCCAUGAUCCUAUUUUAACGGCAUUCCAAUUAUCGUGGGAACUCCGCAAUCUGUCGCUAACCGAGCAAGAGUGCAAGGCGGAGUACAUAGAGCUGCGAGGUCAGUGCCAAAAAUUUGCGGUCGACUUGUUAGAUCAAACGCGGACCUCCAAUGAACUUGCCAUAAUACUUAACUAUGAUCCAGAAAUGUCCACCUAUGAGCCAGGGGAUCGCAUGAGCCUGACGCGCUUGGUACAGGCAAUAUCUUACAAGCAGAAAAAGUUUGUAGCGCACUCGAAUAUUCAGCAGUUGCUCUCGUCCAUUUGGUACGAUGGACUUCCUGGCUUUCGGCGAAAGAGCAUUAUGAAUAGAUUCUUAUGCAUUGUGCAAGUCGCUGUUCUCUUCCCCCUCUACUGUUUGAUCUACAUGUUUGCUCCUUCAUGUACCACGGGACAAUUGAUGCGCAAGCCCUUUAUGAAGUUUCUCAUACAUGCCUCGUCCUAUUUAUUCUUCUUAUUUAUACUUAUUCUGGUGUCACAACGAGCUGAUGACGAUGUGAUACGCAUCUUUGGCACGACGCGCAUGAAAGCCGAGCUGGCCGAACAGGAGCUGCGUCAACGUGGACAGGCGCCCACCAAGUUGGAGCUGCUCGUCGUGCUAUACGUAUUUGGUUUCAUGUGGGAGGAGGUGCAGGAGAUAUUUGCUGUGGGCAUACAAAGCUAUUUGCGAAAUAUGUGGAACUUUAUUGAUUUUCUGCGCAACAGUCUUUAUGUGAGCGUUAUGUGUCUGCGUGCAUUUGCCUACAUACAACAGGCUACGGAGAUAGCGAGCAACCCACAAAUGGCAUACAUUCCUCGGGAGAAAUGGCAUGACUUUGAUCCACAACUCAUAGCCGAGGGACUUUUCGCCGCCGCCAACGUCUUCUCUGCGCUGAAGCUGGUACAUCUAUUCAGCAUCAAUCCGCACUUGGGGCCGCUUCAAAUCUCAUUGGGUAGAAUGGUCAUUGACAUCGUCAAGUUUUUCUUUAUAUACACCCUAGUGUUGUUUGCGUUUGCUUGCGGCCUCAAUCAACUGCUGUGGUACUUUGCCGCGUUGGAGAAGAGCAAGUGCUACGUGUUGCCCGGAGGAGAGGCGGACUGGACAUCGCAUGGUGACUCCUGUAUGAAAUGGCGGCGCUUUGGAAACCUGUUCGAGUCCUCGCAGUCGCUGUUCUGGGCCAGUUUUGGCAUGGUGGGGCUGGACGACUUUGAGCUCACGGGCAUCAAAUCGUACACGCGCUUCUGGGGUCUCCUCAUGUUCGGAUCGUACAGCGUCAUCAAUGUGAUUGUGCUGUUGAACCUGCUUAUUGCAAUGAUGUCCAACUCGUAUGCCAUGAUUGAUACACAUUCGGACACUGAGUGGAAAUUUGCGCGGACCAAGCUGUGGAUGAGCUACUUUGAGGACAGCUCAACGCUCCCGCCACCCUUCAAUGUACUGCCGUCCGUAAAGUGGCUAAUCAGAGCAUUUAGAAAGUCCAGCAAGGCCAUAGAUAGGCAGCGGUCAAAGAAACGACAAGAGCAGGAGCAGUACAACAAAUAUGACAACAUUAUGCGUUCACUGGUCUGGCGCUAUGUGGUGGCCAUGCAUCGCAAGUUCGAGGAUAACCCCGUGACUGAAGAUGAUAUCAACGAGGUCAAGAGCGAUAUUAGCACCAUGCGCUAUGAAAUGCUCGAGAUAUUCGAGAACAGUGGGCUGGAUGUAUCUUCGGCCAACAAGAAGGAGAAACCCCCUCGACCGCGUCGUAUGAAGGUCUGGGAGCGUCGCCUUAUGAAAGGCUUCCAAGUAGCACCGGUGCAAACAUGCGGCAAUGAGCAAGACUCCUAUGGAAAUGUCAACGGUGAAGGCGACAUGCAUGAAAUCAAAGUAGAGAGUGUACCCUCCAAGCCGGCCAAAGAAACGGCGAAGGAACGCUUCAAGCGAGUGGCACGUACCGUACUCAUACAGUCAACCACACAUAAGUGGAAUGUGGCACUACAGGGCACGAUGCCGAAUUCGCAAAUCGGACGGUGCACUAAUGAUGGUCGUAAGAACUUGCAUCAUCUGGGGAAAGCAAUCGAGGAAGCCAAAAAACUUAUUAUGCUUAAUCCGACGAGCGCUUCUGGACGAGAGUCGCCGAUACGGAUUGAGUUUGUGGACGAGAAGACAAGCACGCUACUUGAGUUGCUCAAUCAAAUUAGCGAUGAGAUUAACGUGCGCCAGACACCUAUUCUGCAGACUAGUUGCAGGCCAAUUUGGAGGCCGCCACUGAGAGCUGCACCUUUUCUGGCCAGUAGCAACGCGCGCUCGCUGACGGCACCCGAAUUACGUCUGACAAAGAGAAGACCUGGAUCCGCGACUACAACCAAUCGGGAUUAUGCAAAACCAACAGGUGCACCAGCGCGUGAACCCAAUUGCAAAGCACGCGAGCUGCCUCUAUGCCCUGGAAAGCUGCAGCAACAAUGUGCCGGGUCCAAUAAGCCGUGCGCUCCGCCAAAGAAGUCGGCACCGACGCCGCCGCCUAUUAACGCGCCAAUGCUUCCUACACACGCCCCUCUUGCCGUGGAGGAGGGAAGCGCCGGCUCUGUGCGUCUUGAAGGCAACAACAGCAUUUGCGUGCCCCUGGGCAAUUCCAACUCCUUCGACAUACAUGUAGUGGAUCUCGAUGAGAGUAGCCCCAGCGUGGCCAAUGACAAUCAGUCCGAUGCAAGCUCCAUAACAACUAUAGACACCAGCCGAGCUGAAGAGUCUAAUAAACAUAGGCUCUGAAUGAGCUGGUGGCGUGACCAACUGCGUUUCGAUUCGCAAGCAGCAUUUCUGUUUACUUUUGUUGAUAAACCCCAAUGCAAACUGAUAAAUGUGUA